AACCUUCGCGUUCGAAGACAAUUUCAAUCCUACAAGCCUAAAAUUUGGAAACAAGCAGCUGCACGAUCUGCCAGUUACAACUUGAUAGAAUUAUAUGUUCAGCAUAUAGAUUGACCUUUUUCGCAUAGGUAUUUGGUGCUCAAGCUGGUGGCAAUCCGCUGGAUACGCAUUGGAAUUUGGGCGGUCGGGUUGAAACUGGCGUUCCCAUUUAUCAGAGCCCAAAUGGUCAAUUUUCGGUGGGCGUUGGCGGUUGUUAUGGCCACGAUUUUUAUGGUGGGCCGGUAUGCUGA